GGAGAACCCGGAAGUACCGGUGUCAGUCGGCGAGGAUGGCGCUCCGGGCAGCAGGGAGCCGUUUGUGGCGUUUUCAGAUUGUCUCCCUCCAAACACUAGGAGGUGUCAGAUUCAAAACAACUUGUCCGGUUGAAGUGAGCCAUCUUGAUCACUUGGUGCUAACUGUGAAAAGCGUCCCGGACACCAUCAACUUUUAUUCGUCAGUUCUCGGCAUGGAGGUGAUCACGUUUAAGGGAAACCGUAAAGCUCUGAGUUUUGGGCAGCAGAAGUUUAACCUUCACCAGCUGGGCAAGGAGUUUGAACCGAAAGCUAAGCAUCCAACCUCAGGCUCUGCAGACCUCUGCCUCAUCACCAAAACCCCUCUGGCUACGGUGGCUGCACAUCUGAAGGUCUGUGGAGUCAAGAUUGAAGAGGGUCCAGUAGAGAGAAGUGGGGCUGUGGGGGCCAUCACCUCACUGUACUUUAGAGAUCCCGACCACAAUCUCAUUGAAGUGUCAAAUUAUAACCAGGCAACAGCAGAGGGUUCUUCCUGAGACUUCUUUGGCCUUGUUUGCGAGAAUGUGAAAACACAUCCAGACCUCACCAGCACACCGCCCUCUCUGUUCGUCUGGCCUACAUCGCACAAUUAGUGUUUUAGCUAUGAAAUGUUUGGACCAUAAUGAGUAUAAUUUAACCAACACCUGCACUUGAUUUAGACAGUGUUGGUAACAGCUGGCUGUGUAGUUCUGUCUAGGUUUCAAUUUCAGGAGUGUGCUGAAAAUGUUUUCUGACACUCUUGAGAAGUGAAAAAGUAACACUUAAAAAUGCUUACCUGUAUAAUCAAAUGGAUACCUUUGAUUAUUUUUUUUAAUUUUGUGAAAAAAAAUCGAACAGUUAGAAGAAACUUUGCUUUUCAUAAGGAAAUAAAAGAUUCUAACACAUA